GCACUGCUGUAAGCUGGCGUGUUCUUUCAUUCAAAAACCCAACUUUGCCGGUGCUAAAUAAAUUUCAAAACUUGAAUGAUGCUUGCAAAACCGGAACCGAUACAGUUUGGAAACAUCCCAGCCGUCUUUUUGAUUACUGCAGCAGCAUUUUUUGUUAUGGUGUUUUUCAUUUGUGCAGCAGUUUGCUACAUAGAUAGACGAAUUGUAAAAGAAGAAGAGAGAAGAAGAUCGGAAAUGACGGAAAGUAGGUACAGUAGAAGCAGAUCACAAUAUAGCGAAAGCGACAUUGAAAGUGGAUAGAGCCAAUCCAGAAACUUUUACGAUAUUGC